AGUCGCUUCGGUUCAUGCUACAAAAUUUACGUAAGGGAAAUAUUUCAAAGUCACGUUGCCGGCAUUAAAAUUUGUAAAAUUAUUUUACAUACGAACUAUAAACAAUGAAUACUCUUAGACGUUUAACAGGAAACUCUGUACUCUCAAGAUUGUUUCAAGAAAAACGGACUGUUACAAGUGUGCGUUUUCUAUAUAAUGAGCAAUUUCUUGGUAUCGACAGAUUUAUUGAUGCUCGGCAAAGGACAAUUAAUCGUCUUGGAAGUAUGAAAGAAAACUUCUACAACAGGAUGAAGACUCAAUUAAAUAGUUCUGUUCCAUCUAUGAUCUUCACUGAAGAUCUUAAAACUGUAAUUCAUACUUGUGAAGAUAAUCCCGAAGAAAUUGAAACAUGCACUCGUAUGAUGAAAAGGUUUCACAAACAGAAUAAAGAAUUAAGAUUUGGCACAUUUGUUUUUGGACCAGUUGCAAUGCGCCUCUUUUAUUAUCUUAAAAAGCAAGAUAUGAUGCUUGAAUUUUACAGAGAUCCUGAAUUGGAGGGAUUUUUUGAUCAGUUGAAGUCAUAUUAUUUGAGUAUGGACUUAUAUUUUAAGACUGGCAUGUAUGAUGAAAUUAUUAAAGCUUUUGAACAACUACAAAGCAAGAAAUUAGGAGAGACACAAUUUCCCCGUGAAGCUGUAGUACUUACUACUGGAGCCUGUUUCAAAUUGAAUACUCCAGAAACAUAUCAGUUGGCUACUGAUAUUGUGACACAAGCUCGUGAAGCUAGAGUUCCUAUUCUACGAAAGGCUCUAGGUUUUGUUGUAGCACUGGCUUUGAAACAAAACAGACCCGAUGUUGGACUUGAAAUUCUUUCCAGCAUAGAUCGUUUCAAUAAUACGACUGCUAACAAUCUGAAGUUGACUGCGCUUGCUCAACUUGAUAGACUUCAAGAUGCUUUUAGUAUUCUGCGACGUAUAACAGAUCAAGAUUCACCAGUUCAAUCUAGAGUUCGAGGGCAAAUUUGCCAAACCACACUAGAUACCAUUCAGCAAGCUGUGGAUAAAGCUGGUGACAAAGAAAUGAGCCAUAUUUUUGAGCAGCUUUGCAGAUCCUUAAAGGAAAGCAAUUCUGUUACAAGUCAGACAAUAGAUGAUUUGGUUUGCUUACCAAUUGAGCCGAGAGCAUUUCCAAGAGAUGCUGAUUCUUUCAAUACUCGAGGAAGAGAACGUUUUCCAGAACAGUCAUUCAGAAGUAGAGAGCGAUCAUUUUCUGAAGGUGAUCGAGCCGAUAACGAAUUUCAACCAAGACGCAGGCGUUUUGCAGGACUGUCCGAAGAAUAUUAAUCAUAAUAUCAAGUACAACCACCCAGUCCUAAGUUUUGCAUUGUAAAUUAAACAUUAUAUGCAAUUCUAGAUCAUUUAUUGCUUGUUGUGCAUUGUUAAAGUAAAGCAUAAGUUCAUGUAAAGAGGGACUGAAACAGUAGAUAAUGUAUAGAAUGAAUAAAAAGCUUUUCGUAUUUU